UGGAGAAUAUUGCAGUUGCACAGAAACAACCGGACUUAGAAAUCUCGGAGAGCCAGAGGAGCCCGCGAAUGCAAACCAGAGACCUUGAGGACGGAAUACGGAGGCCGAGAAGGAGCCGAGAUUUGAUGAGUGAGCGGGGAAAGGGCAACAGUCACUUCGGGCUGGAGAGUUUCAUGGCUGAGAGUGGACUCCGAGUUCCAGACCCAGGGGCUCGUCUAGGAGUUUCCAGUUGUCUGGGAAAAUACCAGAAAAACUCGCGAGGUGCUAGGAAACAGCCUUUUUCCGGAAAGUCCUUUUAUUUGGAUCUGCCUGCUGGCAAGAAUCUCCAGUUUUUGACAGGAGCCAUCCAACAGCUGGGUGGGGUAAUUGAGGGUUUUCUGAGCAAAGAAGUAAGUUACAUUGUGUCCAGCCGCAGAGAAGCAAAGGCAGAAAGUGGUGGGACAGGCCACAGAAGCUGCCCCAGCUCCAGCGAGAUCAAAGUGGAAACAUUCUCUGUGGCCAAUCCAAAAGGCAGCCAUACCAGGCCUUCACAGAAACCUGCAUACUCGGUGCCUAUGAGCAGAGGGAAGGAGCUUCUGCAGAAGGCCAUCAGAAAGCAGGGGAGCAGCAGUGGAAGAGGCAGUGGGAGCAGCAGCAGCCUCCUGAUCAAUGCCCGCUCCUGGGGAGUGAGGGUCCUGCAUGUGGAUGAAAUGACGAUGCACGUGCAGCAGCUGACUCGUGGUUCUUCAUGUGUAGAGAAGCAAGAACCAAAGCAGCGAGAGGGAACGCGUCCAGGAGUGGAGUCAAGAACGCGGAAAGUAGCCAGACUAAAGGCACCAUUCCUCAAAAUCGAAGAUGUGAGCAGGAAGUUUCGUCCUUUCCACCAUCAGUUUAAAUCCUUUCCUGAAAUUUCUUUUCUGGGACCCAAAGAUGCAAGUCCCUUUGAGGCCCCGACAACUCCGGGCAGCUCACACCGUACCAGAGAACUCAAGGACCGAGAGCCAAGCCUUCAAUCAGCUGCGCGCACCAUGCCCAGGAGGAGGAAGGGCUACUGCGAGUGCUGCCAGGGGCCCUUUGAGGAGCUCCACGUGCACCUUCAGAGUGCCCAGCACCAGGGCUUUGCCCUAGAAGCCCAUCCAUAUGCAGAAGUCGAUCGGAUCAUUGCCCAGCUCAGCCACAGCUUUGCGGAUGUCGCCUCCCAGGCCAGCCUCCCCAGGCAAUCAGAUUCCACAGCUUCUGAAUGUGACCCUCUCUGUCCUGAGACUUCGUCCCCCAGCCAACCCUCCCAUCCCGGGGUGGCAUCUCCCUGGAUGAGCAAAGAAGAUGACUGCCAGGCCCCAAGUACCCCAGGGCAGGAUGCAACAGUGGACAGUGCGGAAGCAUCACCUGAGCCUGCAGGGACUGGCCAGGUACCUGGACCAGUAGCAAGCUGCCAGGAGCUAGGUGGACCAGUUGAUGUGUUUGUGGACCCCUCAGGAACACCAGUAUCCAGGAGCCCCACUUACCAGCACCUCCUGACCAGCUCUGGUUUAAUGGACCUCUCCUCUGGCCCGGACUCGGCACUUGUUGGUCACAAGCGGAAGAUUCAGUUCCCCAGUGGCAGUGCUGAGAAGAGACCAGGUGCCUCGUUCCUUGCACCUGGAGCCCCCAGCCCCUGUGGCACCAGGACAACUGGUAGCAGGCAUCUUCUUUCCCUUCCCCAUCCAGGCUGUGAGUCUAAGCCCCGAGCCUCCCUCCUGCCCUUCUGCUACACACAGGCCUGCUUCUCCCUCCCAGACCCCUUACCCUGGCAGUCCACAGACAGAGCAGUGGAGUUUACACAACCCCUCUGGCCAAGGGGAGAAUGGCCACCAGGACCUGAGGAUUCCGAGUGUACAGCCCCUGGUCCUAUACCCUGCAGGCCGACUGACUCCCCAGCUGCCCCUCAGGCCCCAGCCAGCUGUCGGCCCACCUGCACUCCACCACGGGAGGGCCUGCAGGGAGCCAGGCCUCCUCACUCCCCCAUCCUCGGCCAGCCAGCAUGGGAGCCAGCUGCUCCAGAUGGUUCUGGGCCCCUCCGCCUCUCCAAGUCCCUGUCUCCCUGUCUCCCAGUCUCAGGCCCCACCCAGUGCUGGCCGAGAGCUGCUUCUGUGAGUCCCUAGCUCUUCACAAGACCAGACAGCUCCAGCCUGCAGAGCCACCGAUCUAGGUUAUGCCUCUGCUUGGUGUUGUACACCUGGCCAGGGGCAGCCAAGACCAGGAAGAGCAGAGCCAGAACAACCCCAGGUCUGCCCUUUGAGGUGCAAGUAAGUAGCUAUGCUCAGCCUGUGGAGCCCAGAAAGCCAGACCUCCCACCUGCAGGUCUUUGGGAAGGACUGAGGGAGCCUAGGCUGGGGUGCUCUCUCCUACCCCUACCUCCAGUCAUGGCCAGCCGCUCACACCAGGAGGCAGAGGUGAGACUGGCAUAGGGAGGGAACAUGAAGAAGCUGGGGUGACAGGAGGCCGGGCCCAGUGUCUGGGCCCUCUAUAGGCGCUUGCCUCUUUGCAGAGCAGAGUUAGUUGUUGGUGUUCCCCACCCCCACCCCAGCCUCCUUUCCCACAAGCAUGUGGUCUCCUGCGCUCGGAUGCCUGUGUGUGUGUCCCCUCCCCCAGCCCCCCACGCUCACACAGAUCCUCAGGAACAUAUGAAGCAGAGGAGGGGCCCAGGCUGCGGCACUGCAGCACUCCCUCCCCCAUGCACUUAGUUGGGCGCAGCACUGACCUUUCCCCUGAGCCCAGGAUGUGGCCACGGCCCUCUCUGGGGACCCCUCAGAUCUCCUCUGCAGACUCAGCUCAAGCUGCCCACCCGGAGUCCUGCUGUUCCAGGGUCAGUGUCUCACCUGCCAACUUCUGCAUCGCCCUCUUCCCUCCCUCCUUCCCUAAGGACCUCCCCCCAUUUCUUACUGCCAAGCCAUUAAUCUGGAGGCAGAAAUGGGUUUGCUAUCGAUUCUUUGGCCACUUUUUUUUUUUUUUUUUAUUACAAUUUGUACUGUGGUUCUUCUCACCCUUCUGCCUUUGUGUGUUUGUCUCUUUAAAUGUUGAAGCUGCCUGAAGCCUGGUGCUAUUCUGUGUCUCCUUUCGGAGGAAGAAAGGGGGGCCUAGCUGUGGGUGAAGACCUGAGUUGUUAGUUUGGAAAUAGAGCAACUGUGUACAGCCGUCCUUAG